AGUUGUAAAUUUUCUUUCAAGUUAUUAAAAUCGUGAAAAUAAAAAAUAAAGCAAGAGUUAUGAAGUGCUAUUUUGUAGUGGCAAUAUUAGUGUUUAUGAUCCUUGACGACACAACUGCGUCAAAUUGGAGCAACCAACCAAUUAAAGAUGAAAAAAAUGCUCAACCAUACAUCGCGCGAGACUAUUGGAGCAACAGCUUUUUAAAUGAUUAUGGAGUUGAUAAUCCAUUCAAACAGCGACUCUACAAUGACAGAUUAAGGCAGCACUUAAAAAUGCGUAAUGGAAAAACAUCACCCUACUAUCAAUCAGCCAGACCGUUUUACAUGCAAAAUACUAAUCCGAUUGACAUGAUAGGCAGCAACUUGAAUGCUUUUACAGAUAAUAAGGAUGAGAAGAUUUAUUACGAAAGCAACAGUGAUGACGUUCCCGAUGAUUUUGAAGGAUUCUGGAGUAAUACAAAGUGGGCCAAUUAAAUUGCAUGCAGUUUAUAUGACUUUGUGUUAUGAAAACAUGAAUAAUCAAUAUUAUUAAAAAUAAUAAAUUAAUGAAAAAUCUCUUGAUGUAGCACAAAUGUUUGAUUUUUU